GAGAAGUCUUGACUUGACAACUGCCUUGGGUGUGGUACAAAGGAAAGGAAAACUGCCCCUGCCAUCCUCGACCUCCCAGCUUGACAUCUCUGUGAAGGAUAUGUUUUAACCUAGGAGAUCUCUGAGGGAGGGUUUUUAAAUCAAGGAGCACUAAAAACGGGCUUUUUCAGUGCUUUGCCUUAAGGGGACCGACGCGUCACCUGUGCCAAAACCCCCUCAUCAGUACAGAAUACGGAAAGCCUGGCCUCCCCACAGUUUCGUGAUUAGGGUUCCUAUAAAGAUUAGCAAUUUACUUGAUAGACGUCUUGUGUAACAUCUUUGAAAAGGAAAGGACAAAGCUUGGCCAAAGGAGUAUAUCUCUGAGGACUUGGAUGCUAUUGCAAUAUUGUGGGGGGUAGGGUAGCUCAUUGAAAGCAGGGACAUAGCAUGAUGGGCAUAGCAGUUUAGGCUUAGGGAACUGUUGGGUCCCUUUCGUUAGAUGAGCUUGCUUGAGCCCAGUGAAUGGGAGGUUUUAGAAGCCAGUAUAAAAAUUCAGAUAGACUUCUCUCUUGAAGCAGUUUCUUAGCUUUUUAAUAGCAAUACUGGAAGUGGUGAGAAUCACUGUUUUUAGGCCUUUUUUCUAGACAGCCCACAUGUCUUUCUUCUACUGUCACUUCAGUAAAAGAAACUAAAAGAAGAAUAUUUCUUUGCUCAUUAAGAUGAUCAGUGACACUUCAGUUUCUAUGUUGCUGUCUUAAUGAGCUAUUGCAGAUCACAAGUCCCUGCUAAACUAAUAAGUGGAGAGGAGCAUUUUUCAAGCAAGAAGUGCCUGGCUUGGUUUUAUGAAUAUGCAGGUCCUGAUGAAGUUGUAGGGCCAGAAGGAAUGGAAAAGUUUUGUGAAGAUAUUGGUGUUGAGCCUGAAAAUAUUAUUAUGUUAGUUUUAGCCUGGAAAUUGGAGGCUGAAAGCAUGGGAUUUUUUACCAAGGAAGAAUGGUUAAAGGGGAUGACUUCAUUACAGUGUGACUGCACAGAAAAGUUACAGAGCAAAUUUGAUUUUUUGCGCUCACAGUUGAAUGAUAUUUCAUCUUUUAAGAAUAUCUACAGAUAUGCCUUUGAUUUUGCAAGGGAUAAGGACCAGAGAAGCCUUGAUAUUGAUACUGCUAAAUCUAUGUUAGCUCUUUUGCUUGGAAGGACAUGGCCACUGUUUUCAGUAUUCUACCAGUACUUGGAGCAAUCGAAAUAUCGAGUUAUGAACAAAGAUCAGUGGUACAAUGUAUUAGAAUUCAGCAGAACUGUCCAUGCAGAUCUUAGUAACUAUGAUGAAGAUGGUGCAUGGCCUGUUCUUCUUGAUGAAUUUGUUGAGUGGCAAAAAGUCCGUCAAGUGUCAUAGCAAGAACUAUACUGAGGAAAAUGCAGACCUUUUGAUGCCCACCUGUAUACAAACUAAAAUGAGAUGAGGAAAAAAACCCAAGGGGCGCAUUUUCAUUCUUAUGAAAGACUUCUUAUAGUACUUUUUUUUCCUUUUUUUUAAGGAAGUUUUCUUGUUACAUGUGAUAUGGGCAUUGAACCACACCUUCUGAGACUGAAAAAUUGAAGUUUAUGUUUUGAGUUAUGUUUAUAACUUUUAUUUCAGAACAAUAAAGAUUCAGAUUUGUGACAAAGGC